AAGCAAGCAAAACUCCAAACCGUAUCUCAAAUUUUUCGUAAAAUGUUGCCAAAUGACCGAAAGAUAUUAAGGCAACACGCACGUCAGAAUCAAGAUCAGAUUGCGCGCCGCACAAGUCAAAGACUCAACGCUGGCAAGAACAACAAUAACACCAACAACAACAACAGGAAGAAGAAUAACAACAGUAACCACAACAAGAUGAGCAAAGCGGAUCCAAUUUCACUGAGCUUUCACGAUUCCUGUCUGCGCAUGUCCGAUGUGCAACUGCUGCACGGACCACGCUGGCUUAACGAUCAGAUAUUGAGCUUCUACUAUGAGUACUUGUCGCAUGUGAAGUACAAGAACAACAAGGAUGUCUAUUUUAUAGCGCCCGAGGUGACGCAAUGCAUGAAAUACAUGGAUGAUUCCGAGCUGGAGUUGCUUUUCGAGGAGCAUAAUGCCAACAAUAAAUCGUUCAUAUUUUUUGCCCUGAAUGAUAAUGGAAACACAGAGGCUGGUGGCACACAUUGGUCGCUGUUGAUGCUGUCGCGUCCGGAGAAGACGUUCUUUCACUUUGACUCGUAUGGGAAUAAUAAUACGGGUCCAUCGCUGGAGCUGAUGAAUAAGGUGAAGGAGUUGCUAGGCAUGCGCCAGGCCAAGUUUCGUCCGAUGCGAUGCAUGCAGCAGGCGAAUGGCUAUGAUUGUGGCAUCCAUGUCAUCUGCAUGACGGAUCACAUCGCCGACUAUGUGAAUCGCUAUGAGGUGAUUGAUGGUCUGCCCUCGUUGCACAUCGAUACGGUCAAGGCGAAGAGAGCGGAGCUGCUCAAGCUGAUCCUGUCGCUGGGUGGCAAGGAUUAGGAUGAUUUUCCAUCACUUGAUAUUCUUUGUAGUUUUAAGCAACACACACACAACGAAUGAUGUGUGUGUUAAACACGACAGCAUCUCAGGGAUCUUGUGGAAUGCAAGAGAGAGAGAGAGAUGAUAAUGAUGACAGAGAGAGAGGGAGCUGGAUGCAGUCUGAUCUUCCAAUGAGAAUACGAUAUAUAUUCAUUUUGUUAAUUUUAUUUUGAUUUAUUUAAUGUUUACUCUUCUUGAGUGCCAGGCACUAAAAACAAAAAAAAAAAAAAAAACGAAAAUGAUUCUAGCAACAUGAGCACAACAAACGCGACAACUAAACAUACAAACACUUUUCAAAUGGAAAAAAGGUAUUUUUUUUUGCUGGUUGGAU